AUGGAAUGUGAGUUCUUACAUUUAAUGACUGUUGAGAAUUAUCUUGAUACUGCCUGGGCUGGUAUAAGUCAACUACCUACUGUUCGAAGCAACAAUAUAAUUGUUAAGGAAGACUAUACAGAUAUUAUUCAAGACUACUUUGAGGAAAACUACCAAAUAACCAUUCAAAAUGACCUUAUAAACAUUAAACCGACCAUGCAAGAUGAUUCUAUAUUUGUUUGGGAAAAUUACUUAAAUACUGCUCAAGAUGACCUUAUGAAUGUUGAAACUCAUUCAACAACCUUCCAAAACGACUCUAUAUCUGUUAGAGAUCAUAUAAAUAUCAGUAGAGAUAAAUUUAUAUUUGUUAAGGGGAACCGCCAAAUAGCUGUUCAAAAUAGUCUUGUAAAUAAUGAGGAAGAUCAUAGACGACGUGGACGCCCACCAAAGUUAUUAUCUGAGAACAAUAAUAGUUCUGAAAACAAUACACUUAACCCCUCUGAUUCCAAUUUGGAUAUACAUGAAGACAUGCAAAUUUCAUAUGUAAAUAUGUAUGUAAAGGAUGUGGUGGAACAGAUCAUAAUGUUCGAAAAUGUAAAAAUUAAAAGUGAACGACGUUGA